AGGUGUCUGGUGGUGUCUUCCCUCAAUCGCGCGUCACGUGUCUUUGAGCUCUCAUCACACUGUCCGUAACGUAGCCAGCCGCCUGAAGAAAUCCAUCUUCUACUACUUUUCUUAUAACUGAUGAGUCUUUGAUUCUUUUAGACCGAAGCUUAAAAGACUUCUCGGUCUCAAUAUUACGCUCUUUCAUUUCAAGGUUUGAGUUUGACUUGUCGACCUGAUCGCUCCAAUUCAUUUUUCUUUUGUAAUUUUUUCCCAAGGUGAGUUUAUGUUCUUUAAGAUUAAGAUCAAGGUCAGAUUUGUUAAUUACUUGUCUUGAUUCUUUUCAAGACCUGCAAAUUAAAACAUGUUCUUGUGUUUAUAAUUUGUUAAAGCCAGAUUUGUAUCUACUUAACAUCGUAGUAGCUUAAAAGUCUUUCGUAAGUAUGUCUAAUAAUAUCAACUUCCAUUUUUAUUAUUAGGCCUUGAUUCUUGUAUGCUCCUUUUCCUGGAUAAGGAAUAUCAAAUUGCAAUAUGAAUCUCUGUUGUUUUGACUAUUUUCCUUAUCUCUAAGCAAUUUGAUUCUGAAUUUCAGUAAGAUAUGAGCUCUGAUACCAACAAUUCAUCUUCAAGUGGAUUUGAGAAAAAUUUGCCACCAGAGGAGUAUUUAAACAAGAUCAAUGAAGUGAGGACAUUACUAGGGCCAUUGGGUGCGAAAUCAUCUAAGUAUUGUUCAGAUGCUGCCAUUACCCGGUAUUUAGCUGCCCGUAACGGUCAUGUCAAGAAAGCAUCUAAAAUGCUUAAAGAAACCUUGAAAUGGAGGAUUCAGUACAAACCCGACGAGAUUCGAUGGGAGGAGAUUGCACGAGAAGCUGAGACCGGUAAGAUAUACCGAGUCAAUUGUACCGACAAGUAUGGAAGACCAGUUUUGGUUAUGAGACCAAGUUGCCAGAAUACAAAAUCUACAAAAGGGCAGAUUAGAUUCUUGGUGUACUGCAUGGAGAACGCAAUCUUGAAUCUACCGGAUAACCAGGAACAAAUGGUUUGGCUAAUCGAUUUUCAAGGUUUCAACAUGUCACAUAUAUCCGUGAAAGUGUCUCGAGAAACCGCUCAUGUGUUACAAGAACAUUACCCUGAACGUUUAGGCUUGGCCAUACUAUACAAUCCGCCUAAGAUUUUCGAACCGUUUUGGAAGAUGGUGAAACCUUUUCUUGAGGCAAAGACAUGUAACAAGGUGAGAUUCGUCUACUCAGAUGAUAACCUAAGCAAGAAGAUUCUCGAGGAUCUUUUCGAUAUGGAGCAACUCGAGGUUGCCUUUGGUGGGAGAAAAAGUGAUUCGAGUUUCAAUUACGAGAAAUAUGCUGAGAGAAUGAGAGAGGAUGAUUUGAAAUUCUUUGGAAACACAACAACAGUGUCAUCAACCUCAGCUCAGUUGACCAACUCGGAUUCUGAAGUUUCAGACUCUGAAAACAAGAACUUGGAGGACAAUGAAGAUGUGAAGAUCAAGAACGGAACCCCUUUAGAUACAACAAAAACAUAAACCUGAGCUUCUGGUUUUAACAAAAAAAGAUCCGACUUUUUCUUAACCAGUUUUACUAAUAAGCUGGAGCUGCAGUCCUUUUUGUUGUUAUGCAACUAAGACCAGUAAAACUUCAUAUUCUUAAAUAUUUCACAGCAUAUAUAUUACCUAUUU